UAUGCGUCGAAGAUUACCGACCUGAGCAGCAGCAGGACACAUAGGCACCCGUCAUGCGAUCCUGGUCCGUCCUUGGUGGGGGCCGUAAUCUAGCCUUCUCAUCGACCAACACGCUUCAUCAACCAACUCCAACACCAGCAUCAUUCAGGACUCGGCAUCCCUUCAUCGUCCCUGGUACUAAGUUGUUACAAAGCCUUCAAUUUUCACGAUCUUUCCGAAGCAAUUGAUGUGAAAUCGGAUUCGCCUCGAAACUUCCCUGUCGAUCAGUCCUAGCACCUUCACCCUCCACCACCUCACAAUCUCAACCCAACCCACCAAAACAUGCCCUCCGUGAUCAACGGCAACCUCUCCCACCGCCCUUACACCUUCCGCGAAUCCGCAACCCGAAUAACCCACAUUCUCCACCACCCCUCCCUACUGACGCCGCGCGAGGUCGUGCUGGGGAUCUACCUCGUCUACAUAGCCUACUGCACCGUCCUCACGCUCCGCAGCAUCGGGUACCUCGUCUUCGAGGCUGGCGGGCGGGAGAUGUGGUGCCCGGAGGAUCCGCCUGUGCCGGAGUGGUAUCCGCCCGGGUGGAAGGUGGAGCUGAGUCGGUGGGAUUGCUUCCGGAUGUUGAGGUGGAUGGUGCUGAGGAGGGUUUGGGCCUUGGGGUAUGAGGUUUUUGCGUGGGGUGUUUUGGGGGCUUUGGGUGCGGUUUUGGUGGAGGAGGGUGUUAGAUGGGUUAGAGAGUGAGCGUGAGAUGAUGACUGUUUGGAUGUAUGGCUUGCGUUGAGGGUGGUGGGCGUGAUGUUGAUGUGGAUCGAACAGCGACUUUGAAGUUUGGAGGCUACGAAGGUGACUUGGAUAGCCACGGCCACACUGAGAAUCACGGUUUCGAGAUUUGUAAAUUAAGAUAUGAUAAAGAAUAAAACAUCUGCGCGUGUG